AUGAACGUUUUACUACAGAAACAUGGAGCCAAACAUAUAUAUAAGGUCCCGGAAGGAUUACGCGAACUAUGCACCGACAUCGCACGCGAGGUUCUACGCUCGCAACCGAGAAACAUUUAUUGCUUCAUUGCCGAUUACGUAGAAGCGCUUUUGAUCACACGGGAAAAUACAAAAGUCGCGGUGAAAGUCGUGAACAAUAUUUUAUCGGAGAGCCAGACCGUCGUGGAUAUUCUUCACCGGAGCGGUUUGAGUCUACAGCAGAUCGCCCGCGCCGCGCCCAGGAUUCAGACGGCGUUCCGCGCGUACUUGGACUCGGUAGACAUGCGAGCGGCCCAGGUGUACGACGACGCCACUUGCGACGAAAGAUCCAAGGUAUCCCUGGAGAGUAUUCUGCGAGCGAGCGGGGUCUCGCUGGAACAGGCGGAGAAGUAUGCCACGAUAAUACAAGCCGCUUUCCGUGGGCAUUACGAGAGGAUGCUGUUAAACGAGUCUCGGGGCAUGAUUCAAUGGCAACGAGCGGCAACGAGGACCCUCGAGAUUCUGAGAAAGGCGGGAGCUUCGCGAGCGGAGGCGUCGAAAGCCGCCAUUCUGAUACAGGCUACUUAUCGCGGAUAUUAUACGAGGAAAAAUCUAAAAAUGAAAAUGGCGGCUGCACUACCGCCAGAGAAAGAGACAAGCGAGGCAGACAUGAUAGAGCCUAAAGAAAUCACUCAAGCGGUAGUCUGGCUGGAUACGACGUAUAAAGACUUAAAACUGAUGCCGAUAACAGCAAACAAAGCUGCUUCCAUUAUACAAAAAGCUUACAGACAGUAUCGUCUGAAAAAAAGUGGUGUUAUCCCAUGGAUAAAAUUAGAGAGAUCAAUGGCGGAAGAAGAGAGAUCAAUGGCUGUUCUUAAAAAUUUACAUCAGAAGGUUUUUAAUGAAGUCAUAACCCGUGCGAAUAUUCCCGUGGAAUUCGGUAGUCGAGAGGACUUGACGAAAGCUGGAACUUCAACGGAGGAACUUCAGCAUACUUCUAGAGAUCGAUUGACGCGUGCUCGCAUAAUGAAGGAAGAUGGUGACUUUUAUUUUACAAAGUAACAUUUAGUUUAAACACAUUACAGAAAAUUAAAAUAAUAUCCUAAAAAUUCGGAAAAGAAA